CUUUUCCCUGAGCCAUGGGCGUCUACCCAUCGGAAUCCGAAAUUUCUUUGCCAUCAAAAGAUUCUGGGAUUUCAUUGGAUAGCAUCCGCUCUCCGCUACACGAGCGUAGUACAGAAUGGCGUGCCAUGUGGAUUUCAAUAGCGAUGCAAUUUGUUGUAGGUGUACAGAUUUCCGUUUACUACAUGUCAAUGUGGCCAUAUCUAUCCGGAUUGGACAAAACUGCCGAUAUGGAUUUCCUUGGAUGGGUGGUCGCCGCGUGUAAUAUGGGAUGUACUAUUACAAAUCCCCUCUACGGCCUCUGGAAUCAAAAAACGCUAUCCUGCAAAUGGCCAACAGUAACUGGAUUCUUGAUCGCUGCAGUAGGACAAGUGAUGUAUGGAGCUAUAAGUGAAGUCGAACAAUAUGGGAAAUGGUACAUGUUGGUUGCAAGAGUUGUCACUGGACUUGGUGUUGGCAAUUUAGCGGCUCUUAGAGCUUAUGGAGCAACUGCUUCUACUCCAAAAGACAGGCUUAAAGCGAUUUCCUAUGGUACUGCUGGUUUCGUGUUUGGCAUUUCUUUUGGUCCCGCUAUUUCGGCAUUCUUCACGCCACUCGGAGAAACAGGCUUCAACAUUUGGAUAGUUAAAAUCAAUAUGUACACUUCGGCAGCUUACCUGAUGGCGUUCAUUUGUGUGCUUGCAGCUGUUUUGAUGUUGGUCUUCUUUCAGGAAGAUUAUGCUGGAAUUAUUGAUAAAAAUUCAAGUGAUGAGAAAUGCAAUGCGGACUAUGUUGUGGUGCCGAAAUUCGAUUUAGUUCCGGCAUUAGUUUGUAUUUAUUUGUACAUGAUUGUUAGUAUGAUUGCUACAAAUAUUGAAGUAAUGUCUACUCCAUUGACAACUGUUCUCUACGAUUGGAAAGAUUCUCAAGCGAUUUUGUACAACGGGAUUAUAGAAUCAAUUACCUGUAUUGUGUCGGUUUUGAUUAAUUUUGGAAUUGGAAAAACUAGAAUUGGAAAGAUUGACAAAAGAAUUCAAAUUCUAUUCGGAUUGGGUGUAUUCGUCGCAUUCCACGUGGUCAACUAUCCAUGGUGGUUCUACUCGGGACCUCUGCACUUUUUGCCGCCAGGUUCCAACACAACUAUUGUCGGUGGAUGCCUUGAUUCAUAUUCAUGGUGCAACACGACAACUCGUGUCCCUAUGGCUCUCUACAUUUUUGCAUUUGUCUUCUUUUUCGGAAUCGCUUUCCCAUUUGUCGAGUCACCGGCCGCCGCACUUUAUUCAGAGAUUUUGGGUCCACGGAAGCAGGGAACCAUGCAGGGAUUGUUCAGUUUUGGUGGAAGUAUCACGCCAUUUGUUGCUUCGAUUAUUAUCACAUUCCUAUUCCAACAUUCCGGCUACAAAUACGUCAUCAUCCUACAGUCAACCACAAUUUUCAUUGCAUUCAUUCUGAUGGGUGUAUUCUACAAAAGACUUGUUCCAUUGAAAUUAAGACCAAAGUCUGGAAAGUCUGCAGAGUAUAAAAAUGGAGUUUAUUAUUAUAUGUAAACUCUAUUUUCAUGAAAACACGGAAUCAAGAUUCUAACAUACAUAACCAAGUUUUAAUUCAUUUUUACACAUUUUCAAUUGUUUUUUUAGAUGUACCACAAGAUCUCACUAUUCGAAUUUUCAUAUGUUUAGUCGUUUUUUUUUUCUUUAAAUUUAAAUAAACUCAUAAGUAUUUCAU